AUGCGAUGGCCGGCGAUAGCGAUGCUCAUGAUGAUCGGGGCAGCUGCUGCAGGAGGGAGGGAGGGGAGGGAAGGCGGAGGAGGAAGAGAAGCCUUGCCGACGAGCAGGGGAGACGAGAUUGUUGUUUCUCAUCCUCGACAAGACGAGCUGGUCGUACUGCAAGAGCACGCGAACUUUACGAUCACGCUGUCAGUAGGUGGGAGAUUGAAAGUUCCUCUCCAUGGCUUGCUUGUUCUGCAUCUCAAUGAGGAUCGGAUAGCAAUAUUGUGUCCAAAACCUGCAGAGCAACUCGAAGAUUGUCCGAAUGGGCCAACGGAGGAGGGGGAUGGAGACGUGGAAGGCAAUGGUGAAAAGUGCAAGGAGUUCAGUGUUGAGGUGGGGGGUUUGAAGACAGCAGAGUAUGUUCUGACGGUAGAACUUGUCGAUGUCCUGGGAAAUCCGAUAAGAAUAGCUCGACGACACUUCAACGCUCUUGUGUUGAACGAGAUCGACGAGUCUUUGCCUCCUCAUCCUGUUUUCAAUGUCAUCAUCUUCUCUAUGGACAGAGCUUGUCAGCUAGAUCAACUUCUUAGCAGCGUGCAAGAGAGGAUAGUCAACGCAAACAGCAGCAUGUUCAGAUGGCAGGUCUUGUACAAGUUCUCGAACAAGAAGUUCGGAGAUGGCUACAGGAAAGUCAAGAAGAUGUUCCCCUGGGUGAGUUUCCAUCAGCAGAGCAACCUCAGCUCUUCGGUUACCUCCGCGUACUUUGACAUGUUUGUUGCGGAGGGAGGCGAUGCAAAAUCUUUCAAGGGUGACUACCUUCGACUCGUAGACGACCGAUCGCCUUUCAUCUUGCACUUUGUCGACGACAUGGUGGUCACUGGGGUGUGGAGCGUGCAAGAGCAAGUGUUCGCAUACCGCCUGCUGUCUCUCCGUCCGGAUGUCCUCACGGUUUCACUGAGAUUACACCCUGGGAUAACCAGAUGCUACGCCACCGGGUCAGACAGGACGCCGCCCCCAAGUUUCGAUCCUGAGAUGACGUGGAACUGGAUGAACAUGAUGGGGGACUGGGCAUAUCCCAUGUCGUUGGACGCUCAUAUCUUUCGCACGGAAGACCACGCGCGACUCGCCAUGGCGCUUCAAUACAUGAACCCUAACACGCUGGAGGGUCAGAUGGCAAGCUUCUGCUUCUCGGGUAACUCAGCUUGCCCACCGAGAAUGUCCUGCUACCGAGAGGCGAAGGUAAUCAACAUUCCAGCCAACAGAGUGCAGAAUACGUUCCCCAACAGAUACAUGUCAGAUGCCCCGAGCCCGGCGUUGCUCAACACCGAGUUUCUCUUCAACCGUCGACUCAUCACGAAACAUCUCUGGGAUAAGACGUUUGAUACCGUUCACGUCCCGCAGCCAUUGAUCUUCGCCGUCGGCAACUUGCAGCAUGAAAUGUCAGAGAUAGUACGUGAGCCCGGCGACGACAGUGAGUAA